CUACAGCACAGUUAUUUACUUAAACUUUUAUCAAUUUGGGCUCUAGACUUUUGAAAAGUAGGUGGAGGCAUUAUGCUAAUCUGACCGUAACGCUAGCAAUUUAGCAUCUGUUUUGCUGUGCAUUUUGAGGAUAUGUCUUUAGUGAUUUGAUUUUUUUUUUUAACAAUAUGUAAAUCCACAUUUCCAUACUUGUAUCUCCGGAUAUCAGGCUCAUCUUAAAUGUUGUAUUUUUAGCCUCCCACAAAGCCGCGCCGCUCUUCCCAGCUCAACAGCGCCACCUCUCGGCGGCAGCGGGACCCGUCAGUGUGUUUACCCCGCAUCAUGUUGGUGUGACUCCUGGAGGAAACUCCUCCCCGCAGACAGCGCGUCCUGUCUGGCCGUCCAGCGCAAUGGUCUCCUGGAUCAUCUCAAGACUUGUGGUACUGGUGUUCGGUACUCUCUAUCCUGCUUACUCAUCGUAUAAAGCUGUGAAGUCGAAAGACGUGCGAGAAUACGUGAAAUGGAUGAUGUACUGGAUCAUAUUCGCUUUAUUCACAACGGUGGAAGUGUUUACGGACAUGUUUCUGUGUUGGAUUCCGUUCUACUACGAGCUGAAAAUCGCUUUCGUGGUGUGGCUGCUGUCGCCGUACACGAAAGGCUCCAGUGUUCUCUACAGGAAGUUUGUCCACCCCACACUGUCCUCUAAAGAGAAGGACAUCGACGACUACAUUCUGCAGGCCAAAGACAAGAGCUACGACACUCUGGUGCACUACGGCAGGAAAGGUCUGAACGUGGCUGCCACCGCUGCAGUGAUGGCAGCAACAAAGGGUCAGGGGGUUCUGUCGGACCGGCUCAGGAGCUUCAGCAUGCAGGAUCUCUCCUCGUACCAGGACCCGGCCGACGCUGAGCCCAAGCAGGCGACACCCGGGCAGCACCGGAGCAGACCCAUGACCCGCAGCAAGUCAGAGGCCUCCUAACCGAUUCCUGAGACCCCUCACCAGAUCCAGGAGCGCCCUUUCCUCCAACAGUGAAGCCAUGUGACGCUGUUUACGACGCCCGCUGCCUCUGCUGCGAGAUGUUAGCGAAAAAACACUGGAUGGCCGAAGAACGCUACGAGGCCGCAGCAGCUUUGGGACGAUACCAAAGUGACCUACAGUAACCCCUCCCCCUCCUGCGUCUCGAUGACCUCCACCUCAUUCGCGCGCUCGGUGGCGAGCUAGCAUCUCAUUCUUGUCGGCAUUGCGUCGAUGUACAGUGUUUGUUUCCGCACCAGUCUUCCUGAAGGACUCGCACAUUUCAGUUUGUCAUCUCGCAGACCUCCUGAUGACGCCUUAACACUCACGUCUGUCUUCUUGCACUAAACUGUAAAUACGCUAACGGCGACUGCCCUUCUCAUGAUGACUCGCAUAAUAACUGUUGUUUAUUUAUUUAUGUUCCGUCGCUGUCAUCUUCAGCAUGUACAGUCUGGUGCUGCGCCAUCUACAGGUCUAGAAAGACACAGAAUUCAAAACAAUAAGCCGCAGAAUUUAUUUGAGCUGAGCCAGGAGGCAGAGACCAAAUUUUCAAUUUAGUCAUGUACCGAAAGGAACUAACAAGUGAGGGGACCAUUUCAGACCAGUGGGGAGUUCAGGUACUGCACUAAAAAUGAGCCGGACAAGGACUGGAAGUUAGCAUCCAAGGUAGUUAGCAGCAAACUUGUAACUUUGUAACACAAAGAUAACUCACUUAACACAGUAGCGAAAGAUCACUGACUAGAAAAGCACUCUGAGAGUGCAAACCUCCGCCAAACAGCUUCAGUCCACCUCCAACACAAUCUCAAUGUUGAAGAAUCCGACAGUGAUCCAGAUGACUCCCAAAAUCGACUCAUUUGUUCCUUGUCCCAUCACAUACACUUCCUCAAAAUUAUAUCCAAAUCGGUCCAUAACUUUUCAAGUUACUUUGCAAACCAACACAGUUGAAACCAGAUAAAAACAUUUAGCUAGCUGAACAUGAAAGCUAACAACAACCCAUCUAUUGUGCUGGUCUGUGAUGAAUCAUUGCCAACUUUUUGAUGUUGCUUUUUACAUCAGAUUUUUACUUGUGUAUUAGUACUCUUGUGCUACAAGUAUGUGGCACCUCUUGAGCUUGGUAUUGCCUUCAAAACUGUGGACAAAGAAGUAAAAAUAGUAGAAGGAGCUCUGUCAUCCAUCACACACUCUCUUAUCCCCUUGAGUCAUUUGCACGGUGACAACUUUAUUCGGGUUAGAAGAGACAAACGCUGAGGAGCGACCGUCACUUAAUCCUGUGGUGUGUGGAUGUAAAUUUGUGCAGAAAUUUGUGGAGGAUAAAAUAUAUUGUGGCUCGUUCCAAACCAACUGUCCUGUCAUCAGCACCUUCACCUGUGUCUUUGAUUGUGGCGCAAAAAUAAAAUGUUUAUUUAAAUGAGGUGUCACUUAGAAACCACACAGUCUCACGUGUCUGGAGUUCUCAGGUACAGCCGUCGUGUUUACACUCUGGUGUCGGUCAUACACUCGUGUGUGUGUGUCUGUGUGUGUGUGCGUGUGUCAGCAGUGCUCGUACAAGUGUUGGUGUCAGUGUUCAUCCACCAAUUUUCAAAAAAGUGCUCAUCGUUGCAUGACGUCUGUUAUAGAUUUGUAUGAAAGAUGAUUUCUCUCCACACACACAUACACACACACACACUUUGUACGAGCCUCUGUAGUUCUGGCGGGCCAGAGCGCCAAAUCACUUAAACGUUUCCUUUUAGUGGGAGAAAAUUCACUUUGGUCAGCUUUUUAUCGUGCGCUUGAAUAUUCUUGUCAUCGUCAAUAAAGGACUUGA